AUGACAUCAGUAGAUGCUCAAAUCAAGAAACAAGUCGAGUUCUACUUCUCCGAUAGUAACUUUCGUCGUGAUCGUUUUUUACGUGAAGAGACAAAGAAACACGAAGGUGGAUUUGUACCAUUUAGUGUCCUCUUUACAUUUAAAAAGCUAGCAGCAUUAACUGUAGACGGUUCUGUACUACAGACAGCUAUUUCUGAUUCCAAUGUUGUCGAAUUGAAUGAAGCAAAGAAUGCAUUACGUCGGAAGAAUCCAUUACCUGAAAAGGAUGAUACGUUUGAACGUACGAUUGUAUUGGCUGGAUUAGGUAAAGAACUACCUACGAUUGAUGAAAUUAAACAAGCUCUUGAAUCAUUAAACACAGAGCUACUCUUUAUUGACCGUAAACACUAUCGCCGUAAGUUUUGUGGUGUAGUGCAUAUUGAAGUCAAGGACAAGGAUGCAGUACAGCGUGCUGUGGACUCGGCGUCUUCAUUGAGUAUCAAUGGUUGCGUGCCGAAUGUAAUUUCAAUGGUAGAGUACCAAAAAUUGUCCGAUGAGGAUAAGGUGGAGUUUGACAAGGCCACUAACGCCAUGUUGGUGGCGAAAGAAGUACCAAAUAGACCUAUGAGCUUUUUUCUUGACGAGCUACUGCCUGUUUGGAAGGAUGACGCUAAACUGCGUGCCCGAGUACGCUACUUUGAAGAAUCCCAGGCGCUCUAUUUGCUUUUUACGCAGAUUUCAUUUGCUGAGAAAGUAAAAAAGCUCAUAGCAGAAGAAAUGCCAGUUGUUGUGGAUAAGAAGAAGCUGACGUUUGAGCUCGUGACGGAUAAGGAAGCUAUUAAAGCUCGUCCUCGCCGGCCAAACACGAAGGAUGCGAAUGACGCCAACAAAAAGCGUAAACGCGACGAUGAGAAGGCGAUUCACAUCUCGAACAUUGGUCCUCGCACACGUAUGGACGAUAUCAAGCAGCUCAUUGCUACUGUUAUUGACCCGUCGACGCAGUCACCAUAUGUCGAGUACGAUGGUCUGGACGUUGCAUCUUUCAAGGUCAGCGUUGCUGAUGCAACGUCGCUCUUUGAGAAGCUUUGUGCGCUUGACGGACCGGAGCUAGGAGGCAAAAAAGUUUCGUUUCAUCUUUUGGAUGCGGGUGAGGAGCUUAAGGUUGAUGUUCAGUACGACGAGGGUCUUAUUGUGCGCUUUGAUGGAAUCGAUGGAGAGGUUUCGCGUGAUGAUAUUAAGAACUCUAUAAACGAAAAACUUGGUGACAAGGCAGUUGACGGUGAGGGUGUUGCAUUUAUCCAGUACCAGAUUAACGACAAGGAUGGCUACCUCCGCGUUACCAGCGCUGAACUUGCUAAGGAGGUCGUGGGCAUGUUUGCUGAUGGUGGGCUUGAAGUGAAUGGGGUGAAGAUCCCUAAUGCUGCUGUCAUUGAGGGUGAAGAGGAGAAAAAGUUUUGGGAGGAUGCUCGCUCAGCCCGGUACAAGCGUUUCAAGCAAUCGCGAUCGAACCGUAACCAGUUUCAGCGCGGAGGUCGUGGUGGUCGCGGUGGUCGUGGUGGUCGUGGCGGCCGUCGCCACUAG